AUGCGCUUCUACGCCUCGUUUUCUCUGGCCUUUGGGCUUGUGGCUGCCAGCCCAUGUUCGACUGCUGUUUCUGUGACUUCCUCUUCUUCUGCAACCGAGAUCUCCAGCACGUUUGUUGAGUCUGCGACCUCCACGGCCGAAACUCUCGCCACUGAAACUUCAACUGGGAUUGAAACCACCGUUACUGAAGCCUCCUCAACUUUUGUUGGUUCUACCAGCCUUGAUACUACCGAUGCCACUAUCUCGGCUUCCUCGACGUCGUUUCCAGCGACCUCUGGUUCGACGCUAUUCACAUCAGUGACUUCUGCUGACACGGCCACCGCCGCUCCAACCGAGACAUCCGCUGUCGAGACAUCUGAAGCUACGACAACCACAGUUGAGACUUCUACAGCCAUGGCAGCAACCACCACAUCAGAAGAACCUGUUCCCACUGAUCAUCUCCUCAUCGCCGGUCAAGGCGCCGCCCAAGGCCUCCCCCUGAAAUCGACGACUACAAAUGGCGAAGCAAUCACCUUCGGUGACCGUACAUCAAGAUGGACAGUCGGCCGCUUCGUCGUCGAUGACACCACCGGAUACCUCACCCGAGACGGCAUCCCCGUCUGCGCAAAGUACGUUUACAUGGAUCGAAGCGCUGCCUUGACUCCUUGCUCAGCCGAGUACUACCAGUACGGCACAGCUCGUCUUGUCUGUGCACGGAACCCUGCGGCUGGUACUGCUCUUCAGUGCUCUGCCGUGAAGUUGGACUGUGUGGCGAGCGGGCCAGGUGACAGACAGACUUGUACUGUUUCCACUGAGGCCAAUUGGACCGAGUUCUUUAUCAGCUCUGACAAGACUGUGUAUCUCGGUGCCAACGACUUGGCAGUGUCGUACCUAACGCCUGUCGACAUUUUCGUUGAUCGAGCCCCCACUGUCGUUGCUCCAACUGCACCUUAG